CAGUGCCUAGCAGUGCCACCCACCUGUGCCCAUCAAUGCCACCCACCAGAGCCCAGCAGUAUCCCCCAUCAGUGCCACCCAUCAGUGCUGCCUAUCAGUGCCACCCAUCAGUGCCCAGCAGUGUCACCCAGCAGUGCUACCCAGCAGUGCCACCCAUCAGUGCCCAUCAGUGCCACCCAUCAUCAGUGCUGCCCAUCAGUACCCAUCAGUGCUGCCUAUCAGUGCCCAUAAGUGCUGCAUAUCAGUGUCCCUCAUUGCUGCAUAUCAGAGCAGCAUCAUCAGUGCCACCUCAUCCGUGCCACCCCAUCAGUGCCCAUCAGUGCUGCCUAUCCGUGCCAUCCCAUCAGUAUAAAAUUUUAUGAUAGAAACAAAGAAAAACUUUUUUUUCAAUUUUUUUUGCUCUUUUUUUGUUUAUAG